AUGGCUCACCCUCAGAAAUUUUACGUUCGACUGGCGAGCCUAGAAGCCCAUGACGCGCAAUUCAUUAUCGCAGCUUUCGACUCAACGCUACCGCGCCUUGCUGCGAUCGGCUCUGCAGAGAUGUGGGGAGAACAGCUCUUCUCCGAACAGGAGGGUUUUGCGCAGGAGACGAUUAAGUCCGUCCAGGAAUCUCAAGACCCAGACAGUGCGUCGAAAAUCUUUAUCGCAGAGACCCAAAGGACAGCGGAGCGCGUUCGAGUCGGAAGUGCUACGGUACGCGAAGACUCUAUGCCUGCGUACAUUAUCGAGCACGAAAAAAUGAAGCCCUAUGUCCAGGGGGCAGAUAAUUUCCUAUUUUUAGAAGUAAUCAUCGCAGAUUACCGCACAGAUGGGCUUCACAAAGGCGUUGGAACAUGUUUACUUGAAUAUAUCCAACGCUACGGGCGCGAACGCAGCAAGAAAACGCUAUAUGUUGACUGCUGGCCCGGUAACGGCGGCAAACUAAACAGGUGA